AUGGGACUCGAACGUUGUAUAUGGAGUAUUCUACUGUUCCUUGUGAUACUGCAUAAGGUGUACAGCACCGUAUAUCCAAUUUCAUUAAAAUGUGAACCGCCGACAUGCCGAUUCAGUGGGUUGUAUUACGCAUUGCCAGGGCAUACGGUAGCUCUGCAUAUAGCAUUUGACUCUGACUAUUACAAUGAAGUGUAUUUCGAGAACUCAACCCUUCCUGUCAUACCGUUGACCCUGUUUGCGAAGGAUAGCGGUGUUCAAAUGCUCAACAUCUCGAAUUGUGACCUGUACGAGGUGUUACCCAAAACGUUCCGGAACGCAGAUGACCUAAAGUAUCUCUGCCUUGACAACAACCGGAUUGAGAAGCUAUACGAUGGCAUGUUUAUUGGGGCAUUCCAUUUAGAGGACCUCCGUCUGGCGAACAAUCAUAUCGCGACGAUCGAACAUCAGAUAUUUUUUGGAUUAAACGAUCUGCUGCAGUUGGAUCUUUCCGGAAACUUGAUACGAUCGUUCCCAAGAGGCGUCUUUGCUGGACUUAGUAAAAUGAAGAAAAUGUCACUGGCAAACAACUACUUACCGCAACUGGAGCAAAAUAUGUUUUCGGACAUGACGGCGUUACAAGAUUUGGACCUGAGUGGUAACAUGUUACGAAUUUUAGAGGCCGAUGCAUUUAACGGAUUGUUAAGUUUGGAGGGGUUGCAUCUGCAAAAUAAUCGUCUAGAGGCAAUAGAUUCGCAAGCCUUUGGCCAAUUAGAAAUUAAGCUGAGGCAACUGGAUUUGAGCAAUAACAAUCUGAAAUUCUUGACUUCGGAUGUAUUUAGACCACUGAGCAGCUUGGAGACUCUGGAACUACAGCAGAACUAUAUUUCACAUCUUGAUGAUACAUUAUUCGCCGGCAACCCCAAUCUGGAGCUGAUAAAUUUGAACAAUAACACGAUCACCACACUAAAUCCAGCUCUCAUUGCGGGACUGAGCAAUCUUGAGCGGUUCUCGUUUGAACAUAACCUGUUGCGUGAGUUGAAUGUGCAAUUGUUUGCGAACAAUUCGGCAAUCAAGCGUAUAUGGUUGACAGGAAAUUAUCUAAAGGAGAUACACCCCGGUACGUUUGAUGGCAUGGGACACUUGGAAGAGUUGCAUCUGAAAACCAACUUGCUCACUUCCUUCGAGGGAGGUUUGUUGAAGGACUGCAGUGCAUUGAAGGAGCUGUAUUUGUAUGACAAUUCGAUUAAACAUCUUAAAGCUGGUGCUCUAGAGGGUACAUAUAAUCUACAGACUCUCAACAUGGAUAAGAAUGAGAUAACAAUCAUCGAUGAACACUUCCUGGACGAUGCGCCACAAUUAGAAACUCUCUCACUGGUUGAUAAUUUCAUUAAGAGCAUACCCGUGGGGCUUUUCAGCAAACAAACCAAUCUGACGUGCAUCCUGCUAUCAGAAAACCAGAUAAAAGAAGUGAAACUGGACACCUUUAGUAUGAUGGAUAGUUUAUUGGAACUGUACCUUGAUAGCAACCAGAUCGAGCGUAUCGAAGCAGGCGUGUUGAAUCUGACGAAUCUCGAGUACCUUGAUCUGUCACAUAAUUUUAUCAAAGAAUUGAACGAGGCCGCCUUGGCAGGGGCACAGAAUCUACAAACAUUAAGGCUGGAAUCGAAUCUCCUAGAGGACGUUCCACCUGCUAUCAAUAAAACCACCAACUUAACCGAACUUGCUCUUCAACGUAACCGUAUCAAGAAGCUGAAGACUGGACAGUUUAGUCAAAUGUCAAAUUUGCUCACAUUGAUGCUGGAUGGCAAUAUGAUACAUACGAUGGAACAGGACUGUUAUCGAGGAUUGGUAUCGCUUACAACGUUGGCAUAUGAAAACAACAUGCCAGUUUACAAGGCCGACGAUCUUUUCGACCAUUUGCCCAAUCUUACCAUGCUGCACAUGUACGAUACGAAUUACACUGGUACGGAUAGUGUUAGAUUCGGUUCAUUGAAAAAUCUGGAAUUGUUAUCGCUCAAUAGAAAUCCUAUGAUCGGGAUAGAUCCGGAAUUCUUAGUUGGUUUGAAGAACCUUACUAAGUUUUUAGGGAGUUAUACUGAAAUCAGCUAUAAUGGCAGCUAUUUCCAGGCACUUUCGAGGUUACAGACCAUAGUUCUAUUGGGUAACAACAUCACAUCCAUCGAUGAGCAUUUCUUUGAGGGAGCACCGGGAUUGGUUUCCGUAGACAUUCAGGAUACCCCCUUACAGUCGAUUAGUGCAAAUGCUUUCCGAAAACUGACGAAUCUCACCGAGCUGUUCAUUGGCCCGUACAAAGGAGAAUUGAAGGACAUACUCUCGGGUAAUACAAAGUUGAACAAGCUGUACCUGAAACAAAUGAACUUUACCACCUUGUCGGAUCAUUUCUUCUGGGCGAAUCGGAAGCUAACAACGCUUACAAUUGAUGGAAAUCCGAACCUUUCUGCGCUAAAGCCGGCCUGGUUUAAGCAUCUGCCAUAUCUGGACUAUUUGGACGUUUCAUCCAAUAACAUUUCCAAUCUUCCAAUAGAAGUGUUCGAGAAUAUACCCGUUCUGCAUCAGCUGUUCCUGAUGAGCAACCCGUUGAAAGUGCUUGAUGUGAAUGCGUUCCAAAAUCUGACUGCAUUGACUUUGCUCGAUUUAGGAAACACUUCGCUCGCUGAACUUCCUGUCGGAAUAUUUGACGGACUGUACAAGUUGGAAGAGUUGUACUUGAGUGACAAUUACCUCAAAAACCUAAAGAAUGGCACAUUCCGACAGCUGUACUCGCUAAGUGUUCUGGAACUAUCCAAUAACUCGAUCGAACAUAUCGAUCCGUUCCUGUUUGCGGAUAUGCCGAGACUGAAGGAGAUUUUUCUGUCGUACAACAAGUUGACUACCCUGGAUGAACGCGUUUUUGCUUCUCAGUUAAAUUUACAGGAACUGUCCCUGUCACACAAUCAGUUCGUUACCUUUGAUUUGCAUGCAAUGAGUAUUGCACGUACACUGGUCUACUUGGAUUUGGACUCGAACGGUCUAAACUCGUUGAAAAUCUCUCCUAACUUGGAGUAUCUUACAGCGGACGAUAAUCAGCUUUCAACGGUACAGCUACCCGAAUCGGACUACUAUAGAAUGACAAUAUUUUCAGUGCAGAACAAUAGCUUCACCUCGCUGGAGUCGAUCUACCGAUUCAAUCGAUUGCAUGAGCUCAAUGUGACACUGAACAGACUUGCUAAAGUGGAUGUGGCGUUGGUCGCAGAGAAGUUCCAACGAUUAAAUGUGUUCAAUGCAUCGAUGGCAGCCGUCGAGUCAUUCGGAAGUACGAUUAAUGCUUACGAACACAAGGCACUGCGACAUUUAGACUUGUCGAACAAUUCACUCACGGGGGAUGAGUUUAGUAAACUGGGACUGUUAUCGAGGUUGGAAAGCUUUGCGUUCAGUGGAAAUCCUGUUGAAGCGAUGGAUAUUUCACAAUUGGUGAGCAAGUUCCCGAAACUUCGCUUGAUCGAUUUCGACGGUAUGGGUGUGAAACCGAUCUUUGAGCAGAAGAUUGCUAAUUACAGGUCGAACGAGAGUGGAUUUGGAAAUUGA